GCGGCCGGCUCUCGGGGCAGCCAAGCAGCGCCUGCUCCCGGCCGAAACGAGGCCGCACGAACUCGAACGGACCAUUGGGGCAGCCCUGCGGCAAGAACCAUGGCGUUCCGCGCGCUGCUCGCCGCGGCCGCGCUCCAGGUCGUCUCCGGCAAGACUGUGAUCAACCACUACGACGGCACGAACGACCUGAUCAAAAUAACGAAAGAUGACGACAGCGAGACCUAUUUCAAGAUCGACGCGACGGGGGCCAAUUACGAAUUGGGUCUCACCGGCUCCACCAUCAAUAUAAAAGGUGCGGCCUACACGACGUCCGACCGGCGGCUCAAGGACGAUGUCACCGAUCUGGAUGAUGCGACCGCCGCGAUUGAAAAACUCCGCGGCGUGCGCUACAGCUGGGUCAAGGAGGCGCCGGGCGCGGACGGAUCCAAGAGAAGGUUCCUGGGCUUCCUCGCGCAGGAGGUCGAGGACGUGCUGCCGGAGCUCGUGAGCACGGACGCCGCGGGGACGAAGUCCGUCAACUAUGUGGGAGUCGUGCCGGUUUUAGUCGAGGCGCUCAAGGAGGAGCGAGCGUCGCGGACGGCGCUUGAGGCGCGCCUCGACGCCGUCGAGGCGCGACUCAAGGCGUUGGACACAAUUAUAGAGUCAUGAAUAAGAACUGUAU